AUGAACCAAAAAAUAAAAGCUAGUAUUUCUAUUGCACAACAAUUAAAUAAAGGAAAACAUCAAAAAAUAAAAUCUUCAUUAGAUGAAGAUAUUCAAGUUCAAUCACAACAUGAAAAUGGCUCAAAAGAAAUGGGAUUUGAAUAUAAAAAAUUUACUAAAGGUGUUUAUGUUGAGGGAAGAUAUUAUUGA